AUGCCUCCUCCGGACAACUUUGCCAACUAUCCCGAUGUCGUCCAGGGGCCGGACACGGGAUAUGACCAGCGGGUAGACCACAACCCGGUGCUCCGGGGCUUGCCCCUCACCGUGGGCGCUGAAAUUAUAAGCCGGAGCGGCAUCGUUUCAAGAUACUUCCUCGCCAACUCGGGCAUCACCAAGAUCAAGGACAUGCCUGAGCUGGACAAUGUCAUGCCUACUUUCCAUCCCACGGUCACGCCCCUCGGCCCAACAGGCCCCAUGCUCGAAUUCGAGCCAGAGCUCCUCACCUCCAAGCACACCUCCUCCUCCUCCUCAAAGUUCCGCUACUACUCCGCAGCUGACUACCACGCCGUGUACAAGAGCGGCGCCCUCACCCCGCUCCAGGUCGUCGAGACCCUGCUGGGCCUGACCACGGCCAAGGGCGGCAAGUACAGCGACGCCUGGGCGGACGCCCACGGCGCCGAGAAGCUCGCCGUCGAGGCGGCCCGGGCGUCGACGGAGCGAUGGGCCGCGGGGAGGCCGCUCGGCGUGCUGGACGGCGUGCCGGUGGGCGUCAAGGACGACACGGACGUCAAGGGGUACGUCAACCACUUUGGCAUGAGGUACAACGGCUCGCUGCCGGCGUUUGCGGUGCAGGAGGAGUCGGCGUGGCCGGUGAAGAAGCUGCAGGAGGCUGGGGCCGUUGUGCUGGGGAAGAAUACGAUGCACGAACUGGGAUCAGACACCAGCGGCCUAAACGUCGUCCAAGGAACACCCACGAACCACCUCAACAACGCCUACUACCCCGGCGGCUCCUCCAACGGCGCCGGGUCCUCCAUCUCGGCCGGCAUCGUCCCCAUCUGCGUCGGCACCGACGCCGGCGGCAGCAUCCGCAUCCCCGCCAACUUCAACGGCGUCUACGGCCUCAAGCCCACCCACCACCGCACGCUGGCCAUGGAGGGCACCGUCUGCGUCACGGGGCCCCUCGCCGCCACCGCCGCCGACCUGACCAUCGCCUACCGCCUCAUGAGCCAGCCCGACGCCUCCUGUCCCACGCAGGCCCGCUUCGCCCUCUCCCUGCCGCCGGCCCCCUCCUCCUCCGCGCCCCGCGUCAUGGGCGUCUUCCGCGACUGGUUCAACAGGGCCGACCCCCCCGUGCGAGACCUCUGCGACAGGGCGCUCGACCACUUCGCCUCGCGGCGCGGCUACCAGAUCGUCGACGUCAGCAUCCCCUUCCUCCCGGAGACGCAGGUCGCCCACGCGGGCCUCUGCAUCGCCGAGAUGGCCGAAAAGGCCCGCCGCCGCACCCCGCACAACCCGGCGCACCACCUCUCGCUCGUCGGCCCGGCCAACAAGAUCCUCCUCUCCGUCGGCGCCCAGGUCUCCGCCGCCGACUACCUCAAGGCCAACGCCCUCCGUACCGUCCUCAUGCGCCACCUCGCCCACCUCUUCCAGAAGCACCCCGGGUUGCUCAUCAUGACGCCCACGACGCCCCUCAUCGGCUGGCCGCGGUCGCCCGGGGACAACGCCUGCGGCAUGACCGACGCCAACAUCACCCUGCGCAACAUGUCGUACAUCUUCCUCGCCAACAUGACGGGCGUCCCGUCCGUCACGGCGCCGGUCGGCUACGUCGAUCCCGAGCAAGGGGAGGGGAAGCUGCCGGUUAGUCUGCUCGCGACGGGAGAGUGGGGGAGCGAAGAGCAGCUGCUGGCGUGGGCGAGGGAGGCGGAGGACUACUUGCACGAGACGUAUCCCGAGGGACGGAGACGGCCUGAUUCGUGGGCGGACGUGUUUGCCUUGGCUCGAGGGGAACAGUGA